UGUGCCGAGCGAUACACCCGACGCGCGCGCGCUCUCUCUCUCUCAACUCGCCGCAGCCGCAAUCACGACGAGUGCAACCACGUGCGCGGUCGCGCGGCCGAGCCAUGCUACCCCCCGAGUAGCUCACGAUCGCCACGCAACCGCUUGACGCCUCGCAUGCGCACGCUCCCUUCGACGGCGCCGAGCAACGGAACGACCAUGAAGGGAUGGUUCGAUGCGUUUCGAGACGAUGGCGGGCCGACGUUGUACAGCUACAGCAACCGGACCUCCGUCACCGGCGACAUCAGUCUAAUUAUGAUCUUCGCCAUCUUCGGCACAGUCUACGUCGCCUUUCUGCUCAUAUUCGCAGGCAUACGCAAAGAGAGAUUGACGACCUUCCUGACGGUGACGCUGGUUUGCUUCGUUGGCAUGACAAUCGAGCUCGGCCAAUACGGCUCGACGUGGCACACGAGCACAGCGACCAUCGUCAGUUCCUACACCGCCUUCUCGAAACAAAGGAUGACCGCCGAACUUGGUGGAUACAUCGGUCUUAUGCACAUAAACAUCACCUACAGAGUCGUAUACCCGCGCACAGUAUUACCGGAGAAUUCCGACAUGAGUGACGUCGAGUACAACGAGAGGUUUUACUGGACGAAACCGCACGAGAUGACGGACUGCUUCAAGGACGCGCUGCACCGCGGAACGCCGUUCCCCAUAGUCGCGCUCGCCGAGUACUUUAGCCUGCGUCAGGAGGGUUUUUCCUGGGGUGUCAAGUAUCGCGAGGCUGGCUACUACGUUGACGUCAUACUCUGGACAUCCUUCGCGUCUUGGUGCAUGACGGUCGUACUGUUGAUGAUGGUGCCGAGGUACGGCGCCUACGGCAUGAUAUUCACCGGCCUGUGCAUGCUGUUCGCCAACCUGACCUACUGGUCUCUACUGCCCUGCGAGCCGCUGGUAGCGCACGUCGACGGAUCCAUACUCGUCUUCAAUUUCGGCUGGAACUACUGGUUGGUUCUGGUUGCUGGAGUGGCAUUUCUGUUGGCGGGAAUUGUCAUCACAGCGAUAGAUAUGAUUUUCCCACACUCGUUCUCGACGAUCUUGGAAGUCGACUACGACACGCCGUACGACAGGCACGUAAUCAUCGAGGAAAGUUUCGACACGCGGAGGAAAGACGCUCGAAGGAAAAUGACCAGGAGCGAGGACUCUUUCACAGAUCAAUUUAUGAGUCAAGUAUCAUCCAAGUUAGUCAACGGAAACAAAGACGAUCAGCGGGGAUUGGUAAAUCGCGGCUACAUACCACAUCCGUCGGACAUGAUGCACGAAGAUCAUUCGAGCAAAAGUAACUGGUCUUAUCCAUUUCCUGCGACAUCACGACGACCCGUGUAACAAACUCACACGAUUAGCCGGCGAUGUAUUACGAGUGUGUUUUUCAUAUUUGCGUGUUCACAAUUCGCAAUUUCUCUCUCUCUCUCUCUCUCUCUCUCUCCCUUUUAUCUUUCGUAUGGCUUUGUAAUUUUAUUUAAACCUGUGCAGAAUUCUCUCUCGGGGGUCACUGCCUCGGUUUCCUCGGACUGUGCGUGACUCAUAACGAACAACUUUCAAAACGGAGCUAUAUAAAUUCCAGUGUAGUACGUAUUACAAUGUAAAUCGAUGAAAAUGAAAAACGUGUAAAUAUACAGCAAUUUAGAUGUAAAAUAAAAUAAAAAAUACAAAUGUCGCGUAGAUCGAGAACAAAGAGCUUUCUCAUUUGGCAAGUGUGCGAGUAUCGGAAAGCUCGGGAAGGAAAGCGACGACGAGCGGAGAAUGAUAAUCGUCUCUCCGUCGGAUUUCUCAAGCGAGCGCGCGUCACUUUAGUACUGCGAGCCAUUAAAAAGAAGGCUCAUAACUCAGGGAAGAGCCGUGUUGUAGGUCUUUACGAUCGUUUUCGUAAAGAAUGAAAGAAGGCGAAGAAGCGUCCAGUGGACGCGUCGCGUCCUUCUGCUGCUCGCUUCCCCGCGUAAUGAUAAUGAGAAGUGAGAGAGAGAGAGAGAGAGAGAGAGAGAGAAAUGUGCCAGCUGUGGAGUCGUGGUGGCGAAAGACGCGACGCACCGGUGUGCAGCAGAAAGAAGCCUCUUUCGUCACCCCAUACUGCCAAGCACGCGACUUUGCAUCCUUUUCUCUCUCUGUCUCUCUCUCGCAAUCUCACCUUGCGAUUCUCCGCGCGCGACG